GUGGUUCCUGGGAGUGGUGGGGCGGGUCCUCCGGGCUGUCAGCUGUGGCCCUAGGCGCCUAGGCAGGGUGGCGGUGGCCAUUGGCGGACAGGAGGGCGGGGCGGGGUCGCCCGGAGCGCCUAUACUAGGCCGUUCCUGUGGAGGUGAGCAGCCGGCCUGGGAGGCACAGUGUGUGUUGCAGCGAUCCGACUUGCAGCAGCGAUCCGACUUGCAGCAGCGAUCCGGCUUGGCCCUGAGAGGAAGGCUGUGCAGCAGCGAUCCGGCUUGGCCAUGGCAGCGGCGCCUCUGAAAGUGUGCAUCGUGGGCUCGGGGAACUGGGGAUCAGCUGUUGCAAAAAUCAUCGGCAGCAACGUGAAGACCCUGCAGAAAUUCUCCUCCACCGUCAAGAUGUGGGUCUUUGAGGAGACCGUGAACGGGAGGAAGCUGACAGACAUAAUCAACAAUGACCACGAAAACGUGAAAUAUCUCCCAGGACACAAGCUGCCAGAGAAUGUGGUCGCUGUCCCAAACCUCAGCGAAGCCGUGCAGGACGCGGACCUGCUGGUGUUCGUCAUCCCUCACCAGUUCAUCCACAAGAUCUGCGAUGAGAUCACGGGCAGGGUGCCCGAGAAGGCCCUGGGGAUCACCCUCAUCAAGGGCAUAGAUGAGGGCCCCGACGGGCUGAAGCUAAUCUCCGACAUCAUCCGAGAGAAGAUGGGGAUCGACAUCAGUGUGCUGAUGGGGGCCAACAUCGCCAGUGAGGUCGCUGCGGAGAAGUUCUGCGAGACCACCAUUGGCAGCAAAGUGAUGCAGAACGGCCUUCUCUUCAAAGAGCUGCUGCAGACGCCCAACUUCAGAAUCACUGUGGUAGACGAUGCAGACACCGUGGAGCUUUGCGGUGCUCUUAAGAACAUUGUUGCUGUGGGAGCUGGCUUCUGCGACGGCCUCCGCUGUGGGGACAACACCAAGGCGGCCGUCAUACGCCUGGGCCUCAUGGAAAUGAUCGCUUUCGCCAAGAUCUUCUGUAAGGGCCAGGUGUCCACGGCCACCUUCUUGGAGAGCUGCGGGGUGGCUGACCUCAUCACCACCUGCUACGGAGGGCGGAACCGCAGGGUGGCAGAGGCCUUCGCCAGGACUGGGAAGACCAUCGAAGAGCUGGAGAAGGAGCUGCUGAACGGGCAGAAGCUGCAGGGACCUCAGACCUCUGCGGAGGUGUACCGCAUCCUCAGGCAGAAGGGGCUGCUGGACAAGUUUCCCCUCUUCACUGCAGUGUAUCAGAUCUGCUAUGAAGGCAGGCCUGUCACGCAGAUGCUGUCCUGCCUGCAGAGCCACCCAGAGCACAUCUGAAGGAGUCAGGCAGCCAUCAGGAACAGCUCUGCUGUGCCCACUGGAGGAAUCCGGGGCUUGGCAGUGGGAUCCUGCUGAACUGUACUUCGAAUACAUCCAAAUUGUUACAGCUUUGUCUCUGUGCCAGGAGAAGCACUCCUCCACUGGCUAAGAUGUGUCGGGUAACAACUACAGACACACACGCACAUGAGUGAAUGUGUGUGAGAGUGUUUGUGUGUGUGUAUGUGUGUGUGUGUAUAUAUACAAGUGUGCACCUUUCUCAUUCUGUGAGUGUUUCUCUGAACCCAAAUCAGGUGUCUAUUGAUCACAUUUUAAAUUUCCCCUCCAGGGCAGCUUGUGAAGUUAGAACUAACUCAGCUAAAUGUUAUGGCUGUGACUCAUUUAUAUGCAAGGGAAGGGAGGAACUGGGUUUUUUUCCCUCUGAAACAGCUAUCCAGCAUUAAAAACGUCUGCAUAUAUGUGUGUUUGAAGACCACCACACUUUUAAACAGCAUCUCAGAGCCAGCAGCAUGAACUCCUGGGUUGUGGAUUGACGGCUAAACAAUCAGGUGUUUUAAUUAGAUACUCCACAGACAGGUGUCUUCUUGAUACAGAGACCACAUUCCUUGCCUCUUUCCUCUUCAUUUGCUGCUAGAAUGGGCUUUCAUACAGACCCAGCAAGGCAGAGGAGGAACAUCCUUGCAGUGGCUGGGGACACUUCAUUAUGCUCAUUGCUAGGUGGACUUUUUUUUUGCAGCUGUGUCUCUUCAGGCUUGUGGAAGGAACCCUCAAGGGGGCCACUGUCACUUCUCAUGUAAGAAGCCAUAGCUGUACCUGGUCACCUGGGGACAUGGGGACAUUCCUCCAUCCCUCCAGGAUGGGACCUGCGAGGAUGUCCCUGGGCCUCUCUGACCUGCUGUUUGUAGGAAUGAUGUGCCUUUCCUGAGGGCCAGGAGGGCUACUUGCCUUGGAGAUUUGUGUGGCAAAGAGUGGGAAAGUCACCACCCACGUGGUGUCCCCAGUCAGCAGGGGCAUUUCACUCAGCAGGAUCCCACUGCCAAGCCCCAGAUACCUGGUGUUCCUCCAGGAAUCCAGUGUUUCCACAUGCCUUCUAUGCAUUUCGGAUGCUCACUACAGCAGAGAGCCACUGCACUAGAGAAUUUACAGCCUUUGCUGAACAAUGCUCUAUAAGAGACAAGUGUCCUGGAGUCUCCUGGCUAAGCCAGGUGGACCCUGGAAUGGCCAAGUAAGUUUGGCCAUCCCAGCUGCCUGACUUUUCACACUUUCCUAGAGUGGGGAGGGAUCCUGGAUGCUAGGAACCCAUAAAGCUAAUACGUCCCAAACACAUUAGACUAUGAGAGUCUUGUUUUUCUUAACUAGAAUAUUAAUUAAAAUUUCUAGAGAAUACUCCUAUAGAGUGAGGUGACCCUCACUCUCCACAGGAAUUCAGGAUGACUAACUUCCUGUGAGAGUUCUAUGUAGCCUGGGCUGGCCUUGAAUUUGUCACCUUCUUGCCUCUGUCUCCUGAGUGGCCUGGGCUUUGCAGUUCUGGCCUAACCCCUGAGAAAGCUUUCAGGAUGCAGGGUCAGGCACAGACAAGGGGAUGUCGACCUCAGUGAAACGCACACUAUAUGGAGUGAGUGCUUUGGAUGCUAGAAUUAGAACACAAAUGAUUUUAUCUUUAUUUAAAAACCAGGCGUCCCACGGGGGUGGAAAGAGCACACGGAGGUCAUUGUCCUGUGCUUUAGCCUAUGAGAGUUUCCACUUCCCCUCCCUCCUCCUGGGUUUGGUUGCCCCCACCCUACUCUACAUCCCUUCUAUAACUGAAAAUGAUUGUAAAAUAAAUUUUUAUGAGAAUUUUAAAAACUGUCCAAGAAGACUUUUUGGAGCAUUAUAAAGUCCCACACCUAAAACGCACAGCAGGCUGAAUAUUUCAGUUUUCUUAAUGAUGUCAAUCAAUUUUUUCUUGCCUCCUAAGUCUUUUAAAAAACGAAACUCUGUACAUAUGUAACAAAGAGUUACUUUUUAAGAUAUCCAAAGGGCUGAGAGCUACCGUGGUGUCUACAAAGUAGCACAAUGCAGAGUUGUUGACGUGUUUUGCAUCCUCGUGUACAUUCACCCUCUCUCUGGCCUUGUACUUCCGCUUCUUCCUUCCCUAAUGAAUGACCUUACUUACUGACUGACAUCCCCCUGAAGUCAGCUGAUGUGCUUAUAACCCACCCAGGAGGGAAACAGGUAAAUUUCUUGUUUGUGCUCUGAAGGCCAGAGGCAUUGCUGUAUGCGUUACCUGUUUUUGUAACCUUGUAACCACCUGCUGAUUGGUGUUUCUUGGCGAUAGGCUCAGAGACACCUAGAUUAGAAACUUCACCUGUGAAUGUAAAACUAAGCUCUUGCCUUGCUACUCUCCUCUCCACCGCAGUUUUGGACAAAUCUUUGGAAACCCACCCCUGGGGCAGAGCCUGCCUUCUGGUGUUUUCAUAGCUGGCCUAAGAAGGGUGCUGUGGUGAGAUCGCAGUGUCUAAACAGAAUUGUUUCUCUGCCACUUCUGACUGGCUGGCCUCCUACUUCCAUAUGUACUGUAUUUGUUUACGGACUGUAGGUGGGUGUAUAGUGUAAAGGCUUGGUUUAAUAAACACAACCUCUCAGACCUGUUCCAUGGAGCCUAUUUUUCCUUUCUUGUUUUUAUAAAUUAUUAUUGGGGUGUGCUGUACAAAAUUGUGUCUCUGUUCUUACCUACCCAAGGCAUUCUUUGAUUGGCUUUAAUAAAAAAUCAGAUGGCCGAUUAGCUGGGCAUGAAGUGGAAGGUGGGACUUCCUGGGAGGGAGAAAGGAACUCUGGAAAGAAAGAAGGAGGCACGAGGGGAGACAAAUAUGAUUUUGGUACUAGAAAGUAGCCACAUGGCUGGAUAGGGCUAGGUGGCUGGGUUAACUUAGAUGAGCUAGUUGAGAGUCUGCCCAGCUAAGGCCUAAAGCUUUGAAAUAUUAAAAGUCUCUAUGGUUAUUUGGGGAAAAUUGGAUAAGGAAUAAUUGCCAUUGUAUUCAUUUCCAGCAUUAAUUAAUAAAUACAGAAUUUUAAUAUUUAUAUUAUA